AUGGGUGCAAAACCUUCUAAAGCAGCACAUCAUCGUGACCCCAGCCUCGAAACCACGAGUAUCCCUUCCUCAGUCCAAACGACUACAUCACCAACAAUAAAUAUCGACGGUCGAAUAUACCACAACAUCGAAUCGAGUUCUUACUACUUGCCACGCGACGAAGAAGAACAGGACCGAUUAAAUUCGGAACACUUUGCUAUCAAAGCCCUCUUUUCAAGCAACAUCUUGCCGUACGUCGAACAACGAUUGCCCCAGAAUGCGAACAUACUUGACAUUGGCUGUGGUUCAGGCUCAUGGGUUAUGGAAAUGGCCAUUGAACAUCCCAACGCCCACGUAACCGGUAUCGAUAUGGCUGACAUGUUUCCAACAACGAUACGACCCGAGAAUGUCACUUUUCAGCUAUGCAACAUCUUGGAUGGCUUACCUUAUGAAGACAACACCUUUGAUUUCGUACACAUGCGUCAACUCAUUGUUGCUUUAAGAGCAAAAGAAUGGCCUGCAGUACUCAAUGAGAUAUACCGCGUCCUCAAACCCGGUGGUUUAGUACAAUUGGUCGAAUCCGAUUUCACCGAAGCAGGUCAUUCCAACCUGAUUGAUGCUGUCAUGACAACACUUCAUCGAGCAAUGCAAGAGCGGGGUCAAGAUCCUUUCGUAGCAUCGAAAUUGGAAAGGCUACUAUCCGAGGCACAAUUCCAAGACGUUCAGCAACAAGUGCGAGUCAUUCAAUUUGGCCAAGAUAGUGACCCUAUUGCAGGAGAGAUGAUGUAUUCGUGGAAAAGUGCAAUGCGGUCCAUCAAGCCAUUCUUGGCACCACGGCUACUAAAGAACCCAGACGAGUACUCGAUGGUGUUGGAGCGAUACUUUCAAGAAUGUACACAUUACAAUUGGCACAUGAAAUUAUGGGCCGUUUGUGCUUGUCGACCAUCAACAACUACAACAACUACUGCUACAACAACAACUACUACUACUGCUGCAUCAUCAUUGUCAUCACCAUUAUCAUCAUAA